UACUUCCGCCAGGCCUGGUCUGCAGCGCGGAGAUGUUGCACGUGGGAUGCCCUUCAUGGGGUUCACCGGAAUAGCGACCCUGGGUCAUGUGAGAGGGCACCUUGGAGGUGACGAUGUGGGUCCCAGCGACGGGACUUCCUUUGCGGUUGGCGCCCUUAGCCCUGGCGGGCGCGGGUCGCUUUUGCAUUUUGAGGACCCGAGCGACGACGCGUGGAGACCCGCCUCGCCGUGGCUUGUCUGAUUCAUCCCCGCAGCUGUUGCCCUAUCCUGACUUCGGGGAAUCGCCUCCCUGGGUAUGCAAGCACCGCUUGGACCCUAAGCGUUACGUAAGCAGUCGGGGAUUGGCUGAGACCUUGGUGCAGAUCCUGCGGGGGAGUCAAAAAGACCCUCGCUCUCUCUUCUUAGAGUGCAAUCCAGGUCCUGGAGUGCUGACUCAGGCAUUACUUGAAACUGGUGCCAAAGUGGUUGCCCUUGAAAGUGACAGAAAUUUCAUUCCUCGUUUGGAGUCCUUAGGAAAUAAUCUGGAUGGAAAACUAGAAGUGGUCUACUGUGACUUCUUUAAAUUGGAUCCUAGAAAGUGUGGACUAGUAAGACCACCCAUUAUGAUUUCACAUGUGCUUUUUCAGAAUUUGGGAAUAAAGGCACUUCCUUGGUCAGCAGGUAUUCCCUUAAAAAUAAUUGGAAUCUUCCCAAUUAAAAAUGAAAGAAAGGCACUAUGGAAACUUUUAUAUGACCUAUAUUCCUGCACUUCUAUAUAUAGGCAUGGACGAGUAGAACUAAAUAUGUUCAUUAGUGAAAAAGAAUACCAGAAACUAAUGGCAAAUCCAAAAAAUCCGAACCUGUAUCAAGUAUUAAGUGUGCUCUGGCAAGUAGCUUGUGAGAUUAAGGUGCUGCAUGUGGAGCCUUGGUCAUCAUUUGAUGUAUAUACCCAAAAUGGGAAGCUGAAAAAGCCAAAGCAUAAGGAUUCGUUAGAACGAAUGCAACAAAACUUGUAUUUUAUUCGAAUGACUCCUCGUCGAAAUUUAUUCACAGAAAACUUAACUCCUAUUAACUACGAUGUAUUUUUUCAUAUGGUAAAGCACUGUUUUGGGAAGCGCAAUGCAAGCCUAAUAGAACAUUUAAGGUCAUUGAGUCCAGUUGAUGCAAUGGAUAUAUUGAUGCAAACAAGAAAAAAUGAAAAAGUGAAAAUAACUGACAUGUAUCCUCAAGACUUUAAACGCCUUUUUGAAACUAUAGAGUGUUCCAAAGAUUAUACCCAUAAAUGGCUAUAUGAUGACAGCAUGGAGAACACAUAUGCAGAAAACUAGACUGUCAAGACAUCAGCUGGAGCAGUUUUUAACAUAGAUGAACUGAGUUUGGAAACCUUACCUCCUUUCAACAGAAAACUGUUCUUGUAUUGCACAGAUUAGGCAGAUCAUUCUGAUAAUUCCACUGGUGUGUUGGCUAAAACAGUGACUGCUAUUUUAUUCACAACGGAAUAAAAUGAAAACUUCAGUUAAUUGUGGGUUUCAAUCAGAUUGAAUUUGUUUUGCUUUAAAUUUUUCUCUACUGUAAAUAUACUGGUAAUUGUGGGUAUUACCAGCUGAAACUUAUUUUUAAAACUCCUUUUGUCCCAACAUCUUAUAUUGUAUUAAUUUAAAUAUUCCACUUUGAGUGUUGCUGCAUUUUGCAUCCUUCUGUGAGAAGGAGAGGGCAGGAGUUUAUAUUAUUAUCUUAAGAAACAAAUUAAAUUGAUUUAAGAGGUUUAUUUUACCUUCCAGUUUGUUGGAAUGUAAUAUCAAGUACUGUACAAUGAAAGUAUUUAAAUUUUAAAUUUUUUUAGAAAUUAAAAUAUUUUAAGUAACGA